UCCCCGCGCUCCUCCUCGCGGCUCCGCCCGCACCGCCCACCGCGCGCCGAUGGUCAGCUCGGCCCUCUCCAGCCCACUCCACGUGUCGUCCCGCUCUUACCCGCACGCCAGAAGAAGUGCCUCGGAGGUUUUUAUGCCUCCAAGGCUGGUGGAAGGCCUGUCUUUCUUUUGAAAGUGGAAGAAGGGUAAAUGUGAAGAAGAUGUGGGAAAGGAGAAGACACUCUACCCACACCUAACCCUUUGACAGCUGGCACUUCCCAGGCGGGUGUGGUCGGAGUUCUCCGGGUCUUGGAGUCCGCUGUCCUUUGAGAGGCUGAGCAGAUGGCUGCAGCAGCGGUGGCGGGACUGAUCCCUGUGUUACACUCUGUGGCUGGUGACAAAUCUGGCUACUACAUCGGGCGGCAGCUGUGGUUUGGCUUCAUCGCUGUGUACGGAGUGGUGGUGUACGUAGUCCGCAUGCCCUGGUCCCUCAUCCACGAAGAUUUCUGGUGCCAUGGCAAUGUCACCAAUCCUUGUUUGAUAGAGUGUUUUGAAAAAAGUUUUAGCAGUCCUGUAGUGGGAAUUUGGUAUUUCUUUUUCUUCAUCUUCCUGGCCCUCUUCUUCCUCAUGGAAUUCUUCAUGGCUCAGAUUCGGCAUAAGCAGAUCAAGGUCAAGUCAGUGGAGUCAGUAGCAGGUGAAGUGGAGGAAGGUUCCAUGGUGGGAAUCCAGGAGCAUGUACCCUCUCCAAAGAAGUCAAUCCUGAACUUUCACCAGGAGAAGAUGCUUUUGCUUUUGUACCUCCUUUACUUCCUCCUGCAGGUUGGCUCACAGUGUGUGUUUUUGUUCCUUCUCAUGUUCCAACACCUGCCCCUGGUGAGCCAAGCAAUUAUUCACUGCAGAACCGAUAGUUGCCCUGGACCCUACCUAUGCCUGAUCAGGGGGACCAUGGAGAAGCGGAUGUCCAUCUAUACCCUCAUCACCUUGUCCUUCAUAGUCAUCCUCUUCUGCUCAGGGUUCUUUAUGUACAGUAUCCAUCAUUACCUGUUAAAGGGGCUAUCAAGUGCUAAGUUUUGGUUUGACUGAUGUUUGGAAAUUCUUAAUACAAGUCUUUCCUCCCUUGCACUAGGAAGUUUAUGUUCCUCUAAAUAUCAUGUCUGGAGCAGAGCUUUCUCUUGCUAACCUUCUUUGCUUUCUUCCUUUAUAAAAUAAACAUUUGUUGUUCUGGUUUUCUCCCUCUA